AUGUCAGCUAUUGAAAAUUUAAAAAUUAAUUCAGCUAAUGUAAUUCAAUCAAGAUCAAAAAUUGAUCAACAAGAUACUCAGUCAAAGUCAAUUCCAUUACGAGAUUUACCAUCUGAUUUAAGUUCUGUCAAUUCCAAUUAUCAGAAUCAUCAUACAAGAUCAGAAUAUGAUAUUAAUACAUCAUCAUCAAAUGAAACCAUACAAACUGAAGUAUUAAAUUCAAAUAUAGAAAAUACAAUAGACCAAGAGGAAGAAGAAGAAGAAGAAGAAGAUCAUCAAUUACAUCCAGAUAAUUAUCCAGAUGGUGGAUUAAAAGCAUAUCUAGUAAUAUUAGGUUCAUUCCUAGGUUGUAUAGUAAGUUUAGGUAUAAUGAAUUCAGUAGGAGCAAUACAAGCAUAUGUUUCAAAUAAUAUUUUAUCACUGUAUUCAGAAAGUUCAAUUUCUUGGAUUUUUUCAAUUUAUUAUUUUUUAAGUUAUGCAAUUGCAUUAAUUAGUGGGCCAAUAUUUGAUAAAAAUGGAAGUUUUUGGUUAAAUUUAGGUUUUACUAUAUUUGUAUUUUUAGGGUUAAUUGGAAUUGCAAAUUCGCAAAAGAUUUAUCAAUUUAUUUUAGGUUUUAUAAGUUUAGGAAUUGGUACUGGAAUUGGAAUGGUUCCUUUAAUUUCUGUUGUAAGUCAUUAUUUUUUUUAUAAAAGAGGUAUGGCUGUUGCUAUUGCUAUGAGUGGUGGUAGUGUUGGAGGUUUAGCUUUUCCUUUAUUAUUAAGAAAAUUAUAUUCAUCUGUUGGGUUUGUAUGGGCUAUUAGAAUCUUGGCUUUCAUUUGUUUAGGUUGUAUGAUAUUAUCUACUUUAUUAGUUAAAGAAAGAUUUAGAAGACAUAGUAAAAAAAGUAAAGCUAUGAAAUGUACAGAAACUAUUAAAUAUGAAAAUAAUUUUAAAAAAAUUAAAAAUGGAUUUAUUGAAUUUAUAAAAAUUAAAGAUCGUACAUUUGUAUUUGUUUUAUUAGGUGGAUUUUUUAGUGAGUUUUCAUUAGUCUUGAUGAUUACUUAUUAUGCAAGUUAUGCAAUAGAUAAAGGUUUUAAUGAAUCAAAUGCUUUAUUAUUAUUAACUAUAUGGAAUGCUACAGGAAUAGCAGGUAGAUGUAUACCAGGUAUUUUAAGUGAUUAUUUAGGUAGAUUUAAUGUUAAUGUUAUAAUGGUUUCAAUUUGGGUUUUAAGUGUUUUGGUUCUUUUAUUACCAUUUGGUAAUAAUCAUAAUGUAUUAUGGGCAUUUGCAGCAAUAGGAGGAACUUCAUCAGCUUGUAUAUUAACUUUAUUACCUGCUUGUUUAUCACAAAUUACUCCCACAAAGCAAUUAGGUCAAAGAUAUGGUAUUAUAAAUUUUUAUUUAUCAUUAGCUAAUUUAUUUGGUGUACCAAUUGCUGCUACUAUAUUAGAUACAAGUUAUGAUAAUUUGAUUAUUUUUACUGGGGUAUUAGCUGUCACUGGUGCUUCAUUUUGGACAUUUUCAAGAAUAUCUAUUGUAGGAACAAAAUUAAAUGUAAAAGUAUAA